AUGUCCGUAAUUUUACCACUCAAAACCAUGGCGGAUUCCAUCGAGGAAAAGAUCAAAAAGGCCCGCGGCGAUGCUCGCAUUCUCUAUACCGAGCUCGGGAAGUGCCAGCGACGGGUUCGUGAUGGUGACUUGAUGAGCGUAUGCAAGCAGGUGUCCAGAUUGCAACCCAGUGAUGUCAAUCUUCGGGUUUACAAUACGCUUCUGACGCACCGCGAUAAGAUAGCGCUGAUCCAGUGGAGCGACGAUUCGAAAAGUCUCGUAUCUGCCUGUCAAGACGGGUAUAUGUUUGUGUGGGAUGCAGUAACCGGAUAUAAGACCCAGGCAAUUGCGCUUGAAAACAAUUGGGUUUUGACAUGUGCAUAUGCACCUAGCGGACGGUUUGUGGCUAGUGCUGGUCUUGACAAUGCGUGUACGGUUUACGCGGUAGGGAACGAUACCAUGGAAUCGGAUUCGGAAUUGGGCCAUGCCAUGUAUGGUAUUACCCUGCGCGUUCAAUCGGUUUUCAAAGGCCAUACAGCAUACAUUUCCGGGUGCCAAUUUCUCGCCGACCUGAAAAUCGUCACCAGUAGCGGCGACAUGACUUGUGCUACCUGGGAUGUUGAGCGCGGUCAACGAACCUGUGAGUAUGUGGAUCAUCUUGGUGACGUUUUGUGUGUGGCCGCUUUCCGCAGCAGUUUCGAGCUGCAAUUUGUCACUGGUCUGUGCGACGGAACCGUAAGAGUUUGGGACCCUCGGGUUGCAGCCGCGGCACAGACUUUUGCUGUAGGCAGCGACGUUACUUGUGUGGAGGUAUUUCCCGAUGGAAAUGCGGUGGUAAGUGGGUCGGAUGAUGGCGUUGUACGGCUUUUCGACCGGCGUGCCGACAGCGAAAUUGCUUCUUAUUCUUUGCAGCUGCAACUGCAAGUGCUGGCUCCGGUAGCGGCUCGCUACAGACGACGGCCCGUCAGUACUGGGUCCGAUAAUCACAGCUCCAACGACACCCUUGAUAGUCCUGGAGUCACAUCAGUGGCAUUCAGUCGGUCGGGUCGAGUGCUAUAUUCGUGCUACGCCGAAUACGGCGGGGUGGUUUGGGACACUCUUGGGGGACAGGUGAUUGGAGUGAUGACGGGUGGACACUCGGACCGAAUUACAGGAGUGGCAGCGAGCAGAGAUGGUGUGGCAUUGGCAACGUCUUCAUGGGACCACACGGUCAAGAUCUGGUCGGCAUAG